GUGAUUGUUAGUGAGAUGGAACUGAAGCUACAGCUCAGCGUCUUCGUGUUGCUCAUACAGGUUUCACUUGCGGUGUGGCUGCGUGUGACUGUAAAAAAAGGUCAGACACUCAGCUUAAGCUGCCCAGUUACUAACGCUCACAUGACCCAUGUCGACUGGAAGAACCCUGAAGGAUAUAUUAUGUUCUUCAAUCAUAAUCAAGCUUUAAAGGACAAGCGCUACAGCAUCGACAAACUGUCUCAAUCAGAAUUCACCAUCAGAAUUUCCAACAUGAACUUCAAAGAUGGAGGCAACUACACGUGCUCUCAGUAUGAUGCUCACACAACAGAGAAGAAAGUGGAGGUGACAGUGUUAGGCCGUCCCAAAAUGGAAGUAGCUAAGCAUGAAGGAAAGUAUGUCAUAAAAUGCACAGCUGAGGGGAACCACUAUCCUCCCCAAAUCUCCUGGAAAUUGGACAAUGGACCUGAAAUUAUUGCUCCUGGCCAAGAAGAAGUUAGAAAAUAUGAAGACAACAAAUAUGUCUCAAUGGAUAUGCUACAAAUUCACUCAGUUGACAACAGGAUCACAGUCAAAUGCCUUGUUCGCCAUCCAGCUCUGCACUCACAACCUCUGAUGAACUUUGUCAAAAUUAGACCAGACCCAACGAAGAGUCGGCGCACAACCACGACCACUUCCCCUACAACCCAGCCUCGAGGGUCAACAAAGGUGCCAGGAACAACAACCGAAUGGUUCAGACACAGGAGAACAACAGUGUACCUUGCAACCAGAGACGUGAAGGGGCCGUCAUCAGAGAGCUCUAUAACGUUAUCAACUGCUCCCUCCAAUCAACUAUUUUCCUCCUAUGAGCCAAAGACAGUCACAGCACCCAGUGGACGUCCUCUGGUCCAUGUUACAUCCACAGGCUCACAUCUCAGCACUAGUGCUGACUCAGCAACCUCUAUUGUAUCAGGCUCGACCAGGAGGAGGAAUGACAUUGUCAGUAAUGCAACAAACACAACAGGCUGGACUUCUGUCUCUGAGACAACAGAGGACAUCACAUCCAAUAACAGUACGGAUGGAAACAGAACAGGGAGCUUUAAUGACCCAAAGAUGCCGACAAGAACCGGAGGAAGUCCAUCAUUACUGGUCUUCCUGGUUACAUGCCUGAUCUUCGGUCUCCUGGUGGUCGUCAUUUUCUUUGCCAUCAAGCUGAGGAGAGCGCACAUUGCCUGGAAAAGAGUUUUUUUUGUUACAGAGAAUGAGGACACUGAUCCAUCAGAGGAGAGCAGUAAAUCAAAAUCAAGCCAGGAAGAGAGGAACGCCCAAGGACAGAGGCGAAGAGGGCUCUUCAACAAGGCAUUCACACAGUACGUUGUUGAGAAACCAACAGUGAUAAGCUCAGUGAUGAACACAAAUGCGAUGGCAGCAGCAGAGAGUGUAAAUAAAGAGCAGCCUUCUCAACCUCAAACCCCGGGACAAACUUUAGCCAAGUGUGACAUAAAGGAGACAGAGCUAUGACAAUCUGUAAAAUACAGUACAAUAUCAGUAAUAUCAUGAGCACCAUUAGAAUGCUCACAGAUUAAACUGAUUAGCUUUUUACUGGAGCAAAGAGUGUAUGUUUACACAGAAAAUAAUGUGGUAACUUGCUUAUAACCGUGUAAAUAUUGUAUACAUUUUGUCUUGACAUGAACCAAUAAAUUAUGUUUUAGAACAGACUGGCAUGCUUUGUUUGAACAUGGAUGAGUGAUUCUUAACAUGGAUGAGUGAUUUUUAACUGAUGAGUGAUUCUUAACUGAAUGUCCAAUCGGCACCCUAAGACCAGCC